UGACAAAUGUACCACUAUCCCGUUAGAUGUAGGAAGCCCGUGUGCUCCAGUGUAUACCCACUGUAGACUUGGCGGCUAUUGUUGUGAUUCCGCGAUUUGGGUGACAGCUCCAGUGGAUCAAAAAAUUCCAGGAGCAACCGAAUAAUGAGAAGAGGGAUUUACAAUAUUUCUACUGCACGGAUAGCGCAGAGAGAGACCCACAAUAAAAGAUAUUGACAUGAAGAAAGACAUUGAGACAUUGAUAGCAGAGGAACGCGCUGACAUCAUCUUGAAAUAUGAUACGGGCAGACAGGAGGGGGUGGAGAUUGACCCCUGGGAGGAUGCAGAUUACAGUAUUUACAGAGUCACUGACCGUUUCGGGUUUCUGCAUGACGAGGAUCUGCCAGCCCCGAGUGCACAUGAGGAGAAGAAAAAGAACCUUGAAAUUGAAAGGGUAGAAAAAUGGCUGAAGAUGGUGAAGAAAUGGGAUAAAUACUGGAACAGUGACAGGAUGGUAAAGCGUGUGUAUAAGGGUCUCCCCCUGCAGCUGAGAGGCCAGGCCUGGGCCCUGAUGCUGGAUGUGGAGAAGUUGAAGAAUGAGAACGAGGGGAAGUACGAGAGGAUGAAGGAACAGGCCAGAAUGUUCUCCCAGGAAAUCAAACAGAUCGAUCUGGACGUGAACAGGACGUUUAGAAACCACAUCAUGUUCAUGGAUCGAUUCGGAUUCAAACAGCAGUCUUUAUUUCAUGUCCUGUCUGCCUAUUCAGUCUACAACACGGAGGUGAGCUACUGCCAGGGCAUGAGCCAGGUCGCCGCCUUGCUGCUGAUGUACAUGAACGAGGAAGACGCCUUCUGGGCCCUGUCACAGCUACUGACCAAUCAGAAGCAUGCCAUGCACGGUGAGCUGACCAGUUUCUUCAUUCCUGGGUUUCCCAAACUGCAGCGCUUCCAGGCGCACCACGAUCAGAUUCUCUCCAAACUCAUCCCCAAGCUGAAGAAACAUCUGGACAGGGAACAGAUGUCCUGUGGGAUCUACAGCACUAAAUGGUUCCUGCAGUGUUUCAUUGACAGGACCCCGUUCACCCUGACUCUACGCUUGUGGGACAUCUACAUUCUGGAAGGAGAGAAAAUUCUUACUGCCAUGUCCUACACAAUCCUUAGAAUAUUUAAGAAACGUCUCCUGAAGAUGAAUCUGGAGGACCUGAGAGAGUUUCUUCAGGAAAAGAUCGCCCUGUCUUUCCUCAACAGCGAUGAUAUCAUCAUCGAUCAGCUGCAGGCCUCCAUGGCGGAACUACGCAAGAUGAAGCUGGACCUUCCACCCCCAGCCAAGCCAGAUGAGCUGCCACAGAAGGCCCUGGGUUUGGAGCUACCUGUUCUGCUCACCCCUCUCAAGCCCCCCAGGGGAGUCUCCCCUGACCAGGGAUCCAAACGACCAGGAGCAGGGGGUCUGGGUCUCCACAUCAUCACCUACCAGCCAGACAUAAUCUCCCAAGACGACAGCCCUUCCAAGGAGGACAGGAAGGACAAGGAAGCUCUCAACAUGGAGGAAGAGGAUGAGGAGGAAGUCUCUCUUCCAUCUCCAGACCCCAUUCUCAUCCACACCAUCCAGGCUCAAGUUACCCCCGAUGGGCCUCCCCAGGCUGGGGCUGGGCCACCACCUUAUGAGCCACCAGGGGGUAAUGAGCCCAAUGUUAUGGGACAACCUGCCAUUCUUAUGGUACUCCACAAAGAAAAAAGUGUUGAGAGCUCCUCUGGUCCAGUGGCUUUACCAGAGACACAGGUCGUAGUUCAACAGGGUACAAACACACCUCCACAAAACCCCAUGGAGGAGUCGACCCUGACUGCCCCAGUUGCCCCUUCAUCCCUUAGCCCUCCCCAGCCACCCGGCAGGGUCCCCCGGACUCAGUCAGUACCCUUAGCCCAGGCUUCCCAGCGGCCUACGGGCCUGGCCCAGAGUGAGAGCCGUUCAGUGGGGGAGAGGGCGGAGGAUGGGUACCUGGCCAGGCUUCUGGAGCAGGCCAUGGCUCUGCCUAAACACAGGGCCCAGACAGGAGAAAAAGGAGAGCCAGGAGACCCAGAAUGUCCAGUUCGAUUCUAGAGCAUUGCAAUGCAUUCUAAGUCACCCCCUGUUGUCUACAAGACUGACAUUGCAUAAACAUAGUGUUAUGUUGUCGGAGAAGCUGCCAUAGUGGAGUGCCAAGGACAGUGCCACAUUCUCUCCCGUCAUAGUGAAAGCAUUACAGCUUACUUCAUUUUAGUAGUUUUGUAAUAUUCUAACAAUGGACAUUAUGUUUGCUUAGAGAGCCUUUGUAAAAUAUUUGUUAGUAUAGUCUUAUUUUAGUAUAGUUUUCUUUUUGUAUGUGGACACCUGCUUAUCGAACAUCUCAUUCCAAAAUCAUGAGCAUUAAUAUGGAGUUGGUCCCCCCUUUGCCUCCACUCUUCCGGGAAGGCUUUCCACUAGAUGUUGGAGCAUUGCUGCGGGGACUUGCUUCCAUUCAGCCACGAGCAUUAGUGAAGACGGGCACUGAUAUUUGGCGGUUAAGCCUGGCUCGCAGUCAACGUUCCAAUUCAUCCCAAAGGUGUUUGAUGGGGUUGAGGUCAGGGCUCUGUGCAGGCCAGUCAAAUUCUUCCACAACGAUCUCGACAAACCAUUUCUGUAUGGACCUCGCUUUGCGUCCGGGCAUUGUGAUGUUGAAACAGGAAAGGGUCUACCCCAAACUGUUGCCACAAAGAUGGAAGCACAUAAUCAUCUAGAAUGUCAUUGUAUGCUGUAGCGUUAAAGGGCAUAGCCCGAACCAUGAAAACCAGCCCCAGACCAUUAUUCCUCCUCCAUCAAACUUUACAGUUGGCACUAUGCAUUUGGGCAGGAAGCGUUCUCCUGGCAUCCGCCAAAACCAGAUUUGUCUGUCGGAUUACCAGAUGGUGAAACGUGAUUCAUCACUCCACUGCUACAGAGUCCAAUGGUGGCGAGAUUUACACCACUCCAACUGACGCUUGGCAUUGCGCAUGGUGAUUUUAGGGUUGUGUGCCGAUGCUGGGCCGUGGAAACCCAUUUCAUGAACUCACGACGAACAGUUCUUGUGCUGACGUUGCUUCCAGAGGCAUUUUGGAACUCGGUCGUGAGUGUUGCAACCGAGGACAGACGAGCUAAACACUUCAGCACUUGGCCGUCCUGUUCUGUGUGAAUGUGUGGCCUACCACUUCGCAGCUGAGCCGUUGUUGUUCCUAGACAUUUCCACUUCACAAUAACAGCACUUACAGUUGACCGGGGCAGCUCUAGCAGGGCAGAAAUUUGACAAGCUGACUUGUUGGAAGGUUGGCAUCCUAUGUCGGUGCCACGUUGAAAGUCACUGAGCUCUUCAGUAAUGCCGUUCUACUGCUAAUGUUUGGCUAUGGAGAUUGCAUGGCUGUGUGUUCGAAUGUAUAUACCUGUCAGCAACCGGUGUGUCUGAAAUAAGCCAAAUCUACUAAGUUAAAGGGGUGUCCACAUACUUUUGGCCAUUUAGCGUAUCUUCGUUUCGAGAGGAAAGGCUCAGUCUGAAAUGACCUUUUAGAUGGUUAGUUGUCCAAAAUCCGCGACAGGAUAGAGUCCCAUUCUAGCGUUAUUAUACCAGGGGUUCAGAAAGGCAGCAAGGGGCCUCAUCUCUUAGUCCAUCAUUUGAGGUCACUUGUGGCCAAAUACCCAAUAUUUUAGGCGAAGGCCUCGUAUAGAUGUACUGGUAAUCCACAAAAAAAAAAAACGAAACAAGCAUAGGCAAAGGCAAUUGGUUCUACUGUACAGAUGAAGUUGGAAGUUUACAUACACUUAGGUUGAAGUCAUUGAAACUCGUUUUUCAACCACCCCACAAAUGUCUUGUUAACAAACUAUAGUUUUGGCUAGUCGGUUAGGACAUCUACUUUGUGCAUGUAAACAAUUGUUUACAGACAGAUUAUUUCAAUUAUAAUUCACUGUAUCACAAUUCCAGUGGGUCAGAAGUUUACAUACACUAAGUUGACUGUGCCUUUAAACAGAUUGGAAAAUUCCAGAAAAUUAUGUCAUGCUUUAGAAGCUUCUGUUAGGCUAAUUGACAGUAGGUGUACCUGUGAAUGUAUUUCAAGGCCAACCUUCAAACUCAGUGCCUCUUUGCUUGACAUCAUGGGAAAAUAAAAGUAAACUGCCAAGACCUCAGAAAAAAAAUUGUAGAUCUCAUGUCUGGUUCAUCCUUGGGAUCAAUUUCCAAACGCCUGAAGAUACCGCGUUCAUCUGUGCAAACAAUAGUACGCAAGUAUAAACACCAUGGGACCACGCAGCCGUCACACCGCUCAGGAAGGAAACGCGUUCUGUCUCCUAGAGGUGAACGUACUUUUGUGCAACAAGUGCAAAUCAAUCCCAGAACAACAGAAAAGGACCUUGUGAAGAUGCUGGCAGAAACAGGUACAAAAGCAUCUAUAUCCACAGUCCGAAAUCGACAUAACCUGAAAGGCCGCUCAGCAAGGAAGAAGCCACUGCUCCAAAACCGCCAUAAAAAGCCAGACUAUGGUUUGCCAUUGCACAUGGGGACAAAGAUCGUACUUUUUGUAGAAAUGGCCUCUGGUCUGAUGAAACAAAAAUGACCAUCGUUAAUGUUUGGAGGAAAAAGGGGGAUGCUUACAAGCUGGAGAACACCAUCCCAACCGUGAAGCACAGGGGUGACAGCAUCAUGUUGUGGGGGUGCUUUGCUGCAGGAGGGACUGGUGCACUUCACAAAAUAUAUGGCAUUAUGAGAAUGGAAAAUUAUGUGGAUAUAUUGAAGCAACAUCUCAAGACAUCAGUCAGGAAGUUAAAGCUGGGUUGCAAGUGGGUCUUCCAAAUGGACAAAACCCCAAGCAUACUUCCAAAGGUGUGGCAAAAUGGCUUAAAGACUACAAAGUCAAGGUAUUGGAGUGGCCAUCACAAGCCCUGACCUCAAUCCCAUAAAAAAAUGUGUGGGCAGAACUGAAAAGGCGUGUGUGAGCAAGGCGGCCUACAAACCUGACUCAGUUACACCAACUUUGUCAAGAGGAAUGGGCCAAAAUUCACCCAACUUAUUGUGGGAAGUUUGUGGAAGGCGACCAUAAACGUUUGACCCAAGUUAAACAAUUUAAAGGCAAUGCUACCAAUACUAUUUGAGUGUAUGUAGAUUUCUGACCCACUGGGAAUGUGAUGAAAGAAAUAAAAGCUGAAAUAAAUAAUUCUCUCUACUAUUAUUCUGACAUUUCACAUUCUUAAAAUAAAGUGGUGAUCCUAACUGAGCUGAGACAGGGAAUGUUUUACAUUUCAGGAAUUGUGAAAAACUGAGUUGAAAUGUAUUUGGCUAAGGUGUAUGUAAACUUCCGACUUCAACUGUAUGUGACUUUGGGCUUAGAUUUGUCAUCGAGCAAGAAUAAUUCAUAUUUAAAUCUCAUUUUCUAUACUUGGAAUGUUUAAGCUUAAAAUGAAAACAUAUUUUCUGUUAUCGUUGAUCUAGCAAAAAUGUAUUUUCAGAUUAUUGGAUCUUUGCUGUAAUGUAUUAUAAAGCUUAUUGGUAAUUUGUAUUUGUAAGAAAAGCAAUAUGUAGAUAUUUUGUAGUCAUUGUGUUGUAGAAUAAACACACUGAAGUUCUAAAUCCUGACUGUAGAGAUUAUGUAGUAGUAAAUAGCCUAAUUAUGAUGUUGAAGUAGCCCUUAACAUUUUUCCAACUGGUUAGUGGUAGAUUGUACAGUACUUAAUCGCCACGUGAUUUACUUACUUUGCCGACAUCUAGUGGACAUUUUGCGUAUAGUGUUUAAUUUGUCCACUGGCAGAUGUUGCUUGGUUAAAUGAAUACAACGUUUACUUAGGUUCCCUCAAUUCAUCAUAAGCUAAAAUAUUAUAAUCAUCACUCAUAAACGUGUUGUUAGAAGCCCAUUAUUUAUUUACCUUUAAAGAAAUCGAAAGGUUAUUUAUAGACUCAGCUGUCUAGGUCUACAGCAAUUUCAACGGUAAUGUUUUGCACUUUGCUAUUUAUCCACAGGAAAACAGGCUAAGGGAGAAAGGUUUUGUUUGAAUUCUACAUUCAUGUUUGUACAUUGACAUGCCUUAGUUGUAAGGUUUUUGACAGUCAAAGCAAAACAGAUGUGGUUAUGAUUAGUGUAUAAUCUAUGCAAUGAACCCCUGAGACUGUUCAAUAAUGAUUUGUCAAAUACAUGUUUUCUAAAUUUU